CGCAAGAAGAAGUCCCGCUCUACUUUCCUUGUUCCUGACCUCCGAAAGGCGACCCAGUUCAGCUUAGUAGAUGCUAUGCGAUACCUCCGCGCAGCCGAAGUUGGCCGCCCCCCAACCUCCAGCAAAUACGAGAUCCACCUACGCCUACGCACAGUUAAAGACGGCCCCACCGUACGCAACCGCUUACGCCUGCCUCACCCUGUCCAAACGGCUCUACGAAUAGCAGUCAUAGCACCACCAGACAGCGUCGCAGCCCGCGCGGCGAAGAACGCCGGCGCGAGUCUUGUGGGGCAAGAAGAUCUCUUCUCAGCCAUCAAAGAAGGUCGGAUAGAAUUUGAUCGAUUACUAUGCCAUACCGACUCCCUAGCACCCCUCACGAAAGCAGGAUUAGGGCGCGUACUAGGUCCGAAGGGCCUUAUGCCGAGUGCCAAGACGAAUACGGUGGUAAAGGACGUUGGCGCUGCCGUGAGAGGGAUGGUUGGCGCGAGCGAGUACCGGGAGCGGAUGGGCGUUGUGAGGACUGCUAUCGGACAGCUGGGUUUCACGCCGGAAGAAGUGCAGAGGAACAUUCGAGCGUUUGUGGAGAACGUAAAAAGAGAUAUUGCCGGUUUGAGCGACCGCGUGCAGAAGGAUAUUCAUGAGGUGGUGAUUAGUAGUACGAAUGGGCCGGGCUUGAGUCUGAGUGGAGACUUCAGCCGGGAGGGGAGCGUGGAUGUCAAGGAUGUCAGU